AUGGCAUGUUGGCUUUUGAAUAUGAGAGCAAUCACGGAGGAUAUGAUUGGUGACGACGAGUUUUACACGGAGUUUAACCUUUUUGAUGUCGCAUUCCAUGAUCAAAAUCCUGUCGACAGUUGUUUUCUUCGUUUCUCAUCAGAUAACUCCAAAUCAGCUACCAGUAGUUUAAGUCGGGCUGUACGUCCAUCAAAUCUAACCAGUCGCCCAUUAACAGGUGUUUAUAAUACAAACAGUACAGAGACGUAUACAAAUUCUAUCGAAACAGUUAUUCGUAACACUUCAAGACCUAUAACUGCUCAUUAUAAUAAAUACCAAAGAAAACGAACCACUGCUCAGUUAAGUAAAGAACCCGUUCAUAUAAGUCGUUUGAAUUUAGCGAAGUAUACUCAGAAUUUAGAAGUAGCAUGUUCAUUAUUCGAAUAUUUAUUCUAUGUUGCUAAAGAAUAUCGUGAAGCGCUCAAUUUGACAAAUUUAAUAUGUGCCACUAAUAACAAGGCCAGUAAUCAGGUAUCGAAAUUAUUGUAUAAUGAACCUGUUGAGGUAAAUUGGUGGUGGUAUUUGCAGCAAGCACGUUGUUUAUAUUGUCUAGGACUUAAACGAGAAGCUGAAUGUUCAGUCAGUCAAUCAUUAGAAUUAAAUCCGAGUAUAGAAGCAUAUACACUUCAAGCAUUUGUUGCAAUACAGCUUGAUCAGCCCGGUCGUGCACUUGGCAUUUAUGAUAAAGGUUUGGAAAGAUUUCCUCAUGAUAUUGAUCUAUUAACUGGUAAAGCUAGAAUAUAUCAGAAGUUAAGCAAUGCCUCACAAUCGGUUGCUUUAUACAAGGAAAUAUCUCAAAUAGACGAUAUGAACGUUGAGAGUUUGGCUUCAAUUGCAAUGCAUUAUUUUUAUGAGGAUGAACCAGAAGUCUCACUAAAGUAUUAUAGACGUAUUCUACAAUAUGGAUAUGAAUCAACUGAGUUAUAUAGUAAUUUAGGAUUGUGCACAUUUUAUACUCAACAAUAUGAUCUAUGCUUAUCAUUUUUCAAUCAAGCUAUUGCACUAAGUGAUACAACGAAUUUAGCAGAUAUUUAUUAUAAUCUGGGACAUAUCGCAAUUAAUAUUGGAGAACUUCAAAUGGCCUAUCAUUGUUUAUAUCUCUCUAUUAUGAAUGAUAAUAAUCAUGCAGAAGCAUACAAUAAUUUAGGUGUACUAGAACAGAAAUGUGGGAAUAUAGAUAUGGCUAAAGAAUUAUAUAAAACAUCAUGUCAGUUAACCUUUGAUUUGUUUGAACCACAUCACAAUUUAGCUUUUCUAACAGAAACUCUUGGUGAAUUACAAACAAGUUAUAAUUUAACAAAAUAUUCAUUAAAUUUAUUUCCAAAUCAUAAAGAUUUACAGAAUCUAUUAUUUCGUUUAAAAGAACAUUUUACUUCAAUUUGAUGAUGAUGUAAUACAUAUAUAUUUGUGAAAAUUAAAACAAAAAAUAUAGAAUAUUCAUAUUUGCAUUA